AUGGAAGACAGGGAAAACAUUUCUGUGAUAACUUUGGUCAGUUGUUUUGCAUCCCUCCUUGGAGGAGUAGGCCUGUUAAUGACCCAGUAUAAAAUGGAAAACCUACAUUACAUGCUCAGAAACCUUUUAAGUUUCCUUACAAUUGCUGAUAUUAUAACAGUCUUAGGAUACAUAUGUGGGACCUUCAAUUAUAUGUACUCCCACGACGAAGAUACUCGGAACACCACCCUUUGUGAAGCCCAGAGUUUUGUGACGACGUUUUCCAACAUGUCUUCUUUUGCUUGGACCUCUAUUAUUACAGUACAUCUAUUUUUAUUAGUCAGAACAACAAAUGACUGGGAUAGGAACACCUGCUUAAAAGUUUUAUAUCACGUCAUAGGCUGGUUUAUCCCAGGUUUUAUAACAGUGGUCAUGUUAGUAACUGAACGUCUAGGAGAAAGCUACAAUAUUACAACGGGACCUUGGUGUUGGAUUAAACUAAACCAAACCAAUGGAAGUGACAUUCAGCUAAUCGACAAAGAGGUCAUGCUUCUCGCCGGCAAAUUGUGGGAGUUCUUGACUUACAUUUUAUCGUUAGGUGUAUUCAUGCAUUUGAAGAUCACUGCUUACAUUGAAAGAGAAACAAAACAGACCUAUCGUUGGAGUAGAAUGGUGAUGAAUCCGGCUUCAUUAAGAAGGGAGGACGAACGUUUCUGUUACAUUUGGCUGCCAUUGUAUCUGUUGAGGUUCUGGGGAACACUGCGGUUCUUUAUGGUGAUAUCCAAUUCAAAUGAGCUCCAAAAUGGUCCUAAUUAUCUGUUGUACCUACAGUGUGUUGGUGAUAGUUCUCAUGCUUUGGGGAAUUUUAUUCUAUUUUGUCUUCUGGAUAAAGAAAUUCGGGGAAAGUACAUGUCGGUGUGCUUUCGAAGGUUUGAAAACCAGGAGGAACAAGAAGAAAAUCCCACUCUCUCUGCGCAUUAUCAAUCUAUUGGUUCAUCUUGA